AUGGCUAAAGCAAAGACUUUGAAACAGAAGGUUGAGGCGAUGAGAAAUCCCAGCCUCUACAUGAUGAAUAUCAAGAAGGGUUUGGAGAAGCUGUUUGAGUGGCAGUCAGCGGCCGCCCAGCUCAAACCCUACCUACCUCAGGGUGACCAGGUGUUAGGGGCAUGGUUCCAAUCCAUGUCCGAGUUUAAGAAAAACUUACCUGCCCUUCAUAAGCUGGCUAACGAAGCUCUUAAGGAGCGCCACUGGAAGGCCAUUUUUGUCGGUAUGAACGAGACAUACGAUGGCAUGAAGCAGUACACAGUUGCUGACCUUUUAGCGUAUGACCUUGAGGAACAUGCCCAGCUCAUACAUAACAUCUACCUUGGAGCCAUUGAGGAAUUUGAUCUUGAGGUCAAAAUCACACAGAUCAGCAAGAUGUGGGAGGAGAGGGAAUUUAAACUGGCUAAACACAUACCUGAUAGUGUCACCCAAAGAAAAAGGAAAAAAUACACCGGAUGGGGGAAAAAGAAAGGAAAAAAAAUUUUACCGGAAGGGGAAAAAGGGUAA